AUGAGAUUGGUUGAUUUCUCCAAACAUUUGGCUUUCUCACUGCUUCUGAUCCAGGUACUUCCAUCAGCAAGCCAAAAUGCUCUCACAAGCAGCCCCAAGACCACGGGAACUCCUCCCCCUAUAGCUCCGACAACUGUUACUUCUCGUGCUCCUGUCUCUUCUACUGGGCCUCAAACGGAUGCUCCGAAAUCCACGGCAGACCCAGUAGUUUCGCCUCAAACGUAUGCUCCAAAUUCCACAGCUGGCCCGGUGGUUUCUACAGUAAUUCCAACCACUGUUACAUUACAGUCAACAAAGGUGUCUACUGGAGUUACGGAGGCUACUACUGGGCAAACUCUGCCUUACACGAGCUCUACGAAGUCUUCUACGGCAUCAGAGAAUCCGACAACACCCCAUAUUCGCCCCACUACACAUAUUCAGCCAACUGGGCCUACGACAAGGCCAACGGAUGCCUCCACGGGAAUUACUCAGCCAACCGGAGCUUCUACAGUAUCCCACCGCACUUCGAUAGGAACCACAGAGUACGCUGGACCUAAUGUCACCACUUCCGAGGCCACAACAGUCACUACAGAGUCCACCACAACUAUUCCGGAGUAUAUUAGCCAUGACGGAAGACUUGGGCAAGCCAUUUUGAUCCUCCUAUCCUUCCUAGGAAUAAUCCUGGGGACAGUAAACAUGACGGUGGCUUGGCUGACUAUAUGGGAGUUCCAACUAAAGGUAUAUCCCAUAAUUUUGACAUUUUUUUUGCUGAUGUUACACUAGAUCGUAUCACAUAAAUUUUUAUUUUUUUUUCAGCAUAAAAUCACUGCCCAACUGGUUGUGGAGAAGCUAGAGUUGGCCGAGAUGCAAGUGAACCAAAGAGCCUUUGCCGACGAGAUCCUGGGCCUGCUUCAGUCCAUCGGAUUCGACGCCAAUAAAUAUGAAGACGAAGCCACGGAACAUAUCAGCGAGUUUAACAGCCAGUAUUAG